CUUGGCAUCUCAUUUCUCGGCAUAAAAGUGGGGCUGCUGCUGCUCAAACUUUGUUCCUUUUCGCCACUCUUUUACCUCUCUCUCUCUCUCUCUCUCUCUCUGGGAACUGUCAACACUGUCAGUGCCAGCCUUUAGCUUCCGUGAUUCUUCCUUUUUGAGCCAGAGAGAGAGAGCGAGCGAGCGAGCUUCCAUCUCUUUCACCCUUCUGUUUUUCUUCUCCAUUCUAUAUCCAUGCCUUGAAGAAAGAGAAGAGGUUUGAUUAAUUUAAUUCAUAUUGAACUUUCCUCUUCCCUGAAACCUGUGACUUUUAGGGUUUUGGAGGGCUGCAACUUGUGGGUCCAACUCCAAUUGAAGAGCCCUUUGGAAAGGAAAUACAUUGGCAGUGUGUCUUCUUCAGGGUCAAGGCAGGUAUUCUCUCGAAGCUCAGCAUUUUCUUCUGUUGUCAUCUUCUCAUUAUUACACAAUCAGCGACUUGGGUUUUCCAUCUGAAAAAGAAGGGUUUGCUAGAGAAGCUGCAAUCCCUCACAAAUCUGAGUGCAAAUCUGGAACUUGAAGAAUAUUUGAGUUUUAUGUUUGUGGAAGCGAGAAGCUCUUGUUCUAGUUUAUUGUGAAAUUGACUUGGGGGCUCUGGUGGCCCUGAUUUAUCAGCAAGAAAGACUGGAGUUUUCUGCCUGUGAUCCGUUCGAUGUCAGAACUCAGAGAAAGAAAGUUGUUUUCUGGGCAUGCCCAUUUGAAAUUUUCUUGGAUUCAACAUCAAAUCCACCAGAGAGAUGGCGCUUUGGUCUAUCCACCUCCAUAUGUUGAUACUUUCCGCAAAGAAUCAAACCCUUCUUCUUCUUCUUCCUCUUCAUCUGGCACUAGAAUCAGUCCAGCUGUUCUAUUCACUAUAGUAAUCAUGGCUGUUCUGUUUUUCUUAUCUGGUCUCCUCCAUCUGCUUGUUAGAUUUCUCACCAAGCACCAUUCUUCUUCAUCUCAAUCUAAUGAUAGAUACCCUGAAGUUUCUAACUCUGAUGCUCUCCAAAGACAAUUACAGCAACUUUUUCAUCUUCACGACUCUGGUCUGGAUCAAGCUUUUAUUGAUGCUCUACCUGUCUUCAUUUACAAAGAGGUAGUGGGUGCUAAAGAGCCAUUUGAUUGUGCAGUUUGUCUCUGUGAAUUUUCUGAGAAAGACAAGCUGAGGUUGCUCCCUGCCUGUAGCCAUGCCUUCCACAUCAAUUGUAUAGAUACUUGGCUCUUAUCCAACUCGACAUGUCCUCUUUGCAGGGGAACCCUCUUUACUCCUGGACUUUCAAUUGAAAACCCAAUAUUUGAUUUUGAUGAUUUUAGAGAAGAGGAGAGGUUUCCCAAUGAUGCAGAAAACGUGCUUGUUUCUGGUCCGAAGACAGUAGAAACUGAGGAAAUUGUCAGUGAAAAGGGGGUUUUCCCGGUGAGACUUGGCAAGUUCAGAAUAUUAGACGAUAAUGCAGGGGAGACUGAUGUAGGGGAAACCAGUAGCAGUAAGUUGGAUGCUAGAAGAUGUUAUUCGAUGGGCUCGUGUCAAUAUGUGGUUGGGGAUACAAACCUUAGGGUCAGCUUGAGCAAUGAUCAAGAUGAUCGGUGCAGGAAGCUUGUGAAAGGAAUAGAGAAGGGCAAUCCUAUGGUUGAUGGGGAUAUGGAAGGGAAGAAGAUUGGUAUUGGGUCAAGAACAGAUAGCUACUCCGUUUCCAAAAUUUGGCUUUGGUCUAAGAACGGAAAAUUUGCAAGUUCCUCAGAAAUCCAAUAAGUAAUCCUUCCCCUCUUGAUAUGAGAAGGUACUUUCUUCUUCAA